AUGAUAAGAAGAUAUUGGAACAUUAAUUUGAAAGAGAUGUUGGAAACAGGAGUUCAUUUUGGUCAUGCUACUAGAAAAUGGAAUCCGAAAAUGGCACCUUAUAUCUCUGCAAAGCGUAAGGGUAUUCAUAUUACAAAUCUUACUAGAACUGCUCGUUUUUUAUCAGAAGCGUGUGAUUUGGUUUUUGAUGCAGCAAGUAGGAGAAAACAAUUCUUAAUUGUUGGUACCAAAAAUAAAGCAGCUGAUCCAGUAGCGCGGGCUGCAAUAAGAGCUCGGUGUCAUUAUGUUAAUAAAAAAUGGCUAGGCGGCCUUUUAACGAAUUGGUCCACUACAGAAAUGAGACUUCAAAAGUUCAGGGACUUGAGAAUGGAACAAAAGACAGGGGGAAUCCACCGCCUUCCGAAAGGGGAUGCGGCUCGAUUAAAGAGACAGUUAUUUCACUUGCAAACAUAUUUGGGCGGGAUUAAAUAUAUGACAGGGUUACCCGAUAUUGUAAUAAUCGUUGAUCAGCAAGAAGAAUAUAUGGCUCUUCAAGAAUGUAUCACUUUGGGAAUUCCAACAAUUUGUUUAAUUGAUACAAACUGUGACCCGGAUCUCACAGAUAUUUCGAUUCCAGCGAAUGAUGACGCUAUAGCUUCAAUCCGAUUAAUUCUUAACAAAUUAGUAUUUGCGAUUUGUGAAGGGCGUUCUAGCUAUAUACGAAAUCCCUGA